AGAGAGAAGAAGAGAACGCUAUUUGCUUAUAAUCAUUAUGAGAGGAUUUUGUGUAGUGGUGGCUUCGCUUUUGAUAGCGAACAAUCUCGUUGAAGUUAGCGCAACGCCAGGAAGAUCAACCAUAUAUGCACCUCAUGAUAUUGCUUCUACAAAGUUGGACCAAAUCAUCGUGAAGAUGGAUAAAGGUAAGACUUCCGAAGCGUUCGAGAGUCGAUUUAAGGUGAAAAAGACUGCACGAGCAAAACGUAUUACAAAAACUACCAAAAAGAAAAGGGUGAAAGUGGUGAAGGAUGUAGUAGAAUCCGCUGAUGGUGACGAAAUUGAGGUUGCAGAAUAUAUAGAAGAAGAGGUAGAAGCAGACAGCGUCGAGGAUCAAAUGGUGUACCAUGCGAAUACUGGGGAAGAAGAUAUAAUUGCUUUUGCGGGCAUCGACGAUCUGGAUCUGGAAGAUAUACUGAAUGAUCCAGACGUCGAAUCCGCUGAGUACGUCUGCACAUACAGAGUUGGCGCAGCAGCGCCUAGACAAGUGGGAGCAAUCAAUCUUCCUUGGCAUUUGGACAGAAUCAACCAGCGUACAUCUGAUUUGGAUGGAGAUGCAACAAAUGUGAACGCUCAACAGUUAGGAAUUAAUGUGAAGGUCUUCAUUGUCGAUACGGGAGUCGAUAUCACACACCCAGUAUUCACAGCUGGAAGUGCUAAACAUUGCUACAAUGCGUUUGAAAUGGAUGGUGUAGGUCCUGACGACAGUUACGGCCACGGUACACAUGUAGCCAGUCUCGUUUCUGGCGUAGGAUAUGGUAUGGCCACACAGGCGAAGAUCAGAAGUGUGAAAGUCCUAGAUGCUGAGGGCGGUGGCGACACUCUCACUAUCUUGGCCGGACUUAACAAAAUCCGCCGUAGAGUCACACGAGACAAAUCCGGGGACAGGCACGUUGUUGUCAUGAGUCUGACUGGUCCUCCUUCAAAUAUGAUUGAUGCAAUGAUUGUAAAGCUCUUUUUGAACAACGCGUUAGUGGUGGUAGCGGCUGGUAACUACGCACAAGACGCAUGUAGCUACACUCCUGCCCGCAAUCCCGCUGCGCUCACAGUCGGAGCAAUCAAUAAGGAUGACACCAUGACCACCUUUUCCAAUUGGGGUAGCUGUAUUGACAUUAUGGCACCGGGCGCUCAGAUCACGGCUGCGGUGCCUAACGGGCAGUUCGCAACCUACGACGGUACUUCCAUGUCGGCUCCAAUCGUUGCAGGUGUAGCUGCGAGUCUAUGGAGCCAAGCUCCCAAAAUGACAGCCCGCCAAAUCAAUCGACAACUGGUUAUCGGCUCUACAUUGGGAGCGUUGAUGGGCGGCGGCUUUGACUUUGGUACACCUAAUCAUUUGAUUUUCUCUAACUUGGUGAUUCAAAAGGUGACCAUGUCCCAGUUCCGAACAGGCGAGCUCACUAUGGAGAUUUUGAAAGGGUUUGCUGGGUUUGACGGUGUUCCAGAUGCAUCAUCCGAGGGCGAAUGGCAGGAGCAGCGCCGCAGGUGGUACGGUAGCUCAUACGAGGCGAGUAGGCGCUAUUAUGGCUCGUUCUUCGUAGAGGAUACAGGGGCUGUUCUAUCGUACGCUGGCGUAGGAGCCGCCGAAGUGACGCAGGACGGUCGUGCGAAUGUCAAUGGUAUUGUUGUAGAGGGCGAUAUUGUGGGUGGUGAUUUCUCACCAAUGGGAUCUGCUGGUUACAUGUCGAUCGAUGCCUUCAUGAAUAUGAUUGGUAUGGCUGGUGCAACACUUUAUGAUUUUAAAAAUGGAAUCGUGAACAGUGCUGUCACUGGUGUGAGCGAUACUGAGUUCAUGGCUUCUCGAAGACGAUAUCGUGGAAGAUGAUCGUUAAUACGUCAUCAUGCUAUGAGAGAGUUUGAUGGCGAAAAAUAUAUUGAUGUAUAUAGUAAAACUUUAGGUGCAGGCAAAGCACUCCGGAAUAAUAAAGAUAUUGGCAAGGGUACAGUUGCAACCUGGA